CCCUAACAAAAGACAGUCCUCAUGUGGAGCCUGGGCUCUUGACAGUUGAAGCAAUCACCUGGAAGUCCCUGAAGCCUCUCAGUGCUGUUUUGAGGAUGCACACCUAUGCUACAAAGGCCACCAUGGUGCACCUGCCUGUCGGGAGGCAUAUGCUGCUCUUCAAUGCAUACUCCCCCGUGGGACAUGCCUUACAUGUCUGCAGCAUGAUGACAUUUGUCAUUGGGGAUGAAGAUGUUGUACUGCCCAACUUUGAGCCAGAGAGCUACCGAUUUGUGGAACAGUCUAUAAUAAUUCUCAAGGCUAUUGGAAAUGUGAUUACUAAUUUCAGAGACAAAGAUAAAUUGUCUGCAGCUCUGAGGGAUCUGCAAGCAGCUCACUAUCCUAUUCCCCUCUACAACAAAGAACUCACUGCUCAGCACUUCCGG